UUAAGCUUUUGGGGGCGUGGAUGUAAAAAAAAACACGCUUUUUUAACCUUGGCCGAACGGUUUUCAGGUAUGGACCGAACCAGCUUAGUUCCACCCUCUGUGUUACAGCAAGACGAACUACUCCCACGUCCGUCAACUUGAUGUACUUCGCAAUGGACCAAUUGAUAUGAUAUCCUGAAAUAUGUGCGCAGCCUCCACAAAUCCACCAAUGAUGCUACUUCACCCCAACAAAACUUAGAUUUCCUACAUAUUUAGCUCUCUUAACCAUCACUAUAAGCCAGCAUGCCCCUGGCUCGCAGUCUGUCUGUGACUUCUCUCUCUGGCCUGGAGGACUGGGAUGAGGAAUUUGACUUGGAGGGUGCUGUUCUCUUUGAGAUUGCAUGGGAGGUGGCAAAUAAAGUUGGGGGAAUCUACACCGUAAUCCAGACCAAAGCCCGUCUCACCUCAGAAGAAUGGGGUGAGAACUACUUCCUUGUUGGACCCUACAUGGAGAACAAUGUCAGAACUCAGGUGGAGCUCAUCGAACCCACCAACCCUGCUCUGAGUAGAACUAUAGACAAGAUGAACUCCAGUGGGUGCAAGGUAUACUUCGGACGCUGGCUGAUUGAAGGGAGCCCCUAUGUGGUCCUGAUCGACGUGGCCUUCACCGCCUGGUCUCUGGACCGCUGGAAGAGCGAGCUGUGGGAGAGCUUCAGCGUCGGGGUGCCCUGGUUCGACCGCGAGGCUAAUGACGCUGUGCUCUUUGGCUUCCUGACUGCCUGGCUGCUGGGGGAGUUUGCAGCACAGUGCGAAGAGCCCCCUCACAUCCUGGCGCACUUCCACGAGUGGCUGGCAGGGCUGGGCUUGAUGCUCUGUCGGCAGAGACGGCUUCCUGUAGCCACCAUUUUUACCACACAUGCCACCCUGCUGGGCCGUUACCUGUGCGCCGGCAACGUAGACUUUUACAACAACCUUAGUAACUUCAACGUGGACAAAGAGGCAGGGGACAGACAGAUAUACCACAGGUACUGUCUGGAGAGAGCUGCCGCACACUGUGCCCACGUCUUCACCACUGUCUCUCAGAUCACCGCCGUCGAGGCUGAACACCUGCUCAAGAGGAAGCCAGAUGUUGUCACCCCCAAUGGGCUAAAUGUGAAGAAGUUCUCUGCAAUGCAUGAGUUCCAGAACCUGCAUGCACACAGCAAGAGCCGCAUACAGGAGUUCAUUCGGGGACACUUCUAUGGACAUCUGGAUUUUAACCUAGACAAAUGUGUAUUCCUCUUCAUUGCUGGGAGAUACGAGUUCUCUAACAAAGGAGCCGAUUUGUUUCUGGAGGCACUUUCUCGGCUCAACUACCUUCUGAGGGUGAACCAUAGCGACGUAACUGUAAUAGCAUUCUUCAUCAUGCCUGCUAGAACAAAUAACUUCAAUGUGGAAACUCUCAAAGGACAGGCUGUCCGGAAGCAGCUCUGGGACACAGCUCAGACUGUGAAAGAAAAGUUUGGGAAGAAAUUAUACGAGUCUUUACUUGUGGGCCAGUUACCAGAUGUGUCAAAGAUGCUGGACAAGGAAGACUUCACCAUGAUGAAGAGGGCAAUAUUUGCCACUCAGAGGCAGUGCCAGCCCCCCAUAUGCACCCAUAACAUGCUGGAGGACAGCAGCGACCCCAUUCUCAACUGCCUCCGGAGAAUUGGCCUUUUUAAUGGCUCCUCGGACAGGGUCAAGGUGAUUUUCCACCCUGAGUUCCUGUCCUCCACUUCUCCACUCCUCCCCAUGGAUUAUGAGGAGUUUGUGAGAGGCUGCCAUCUUGGAGUAUUCCCCUCUUAUUAUGAGCCCUGGGGAUACACGCCUGCGGAGUGCACAGUGAUGGGGAUUCCCUCUGUCUCCACCAACCUCUCUGGCUUCGGUUGCUUCAUGGAGGAGCAUAUUGCUGACCCCUCUGCCUAUGGGAUAUACAUUGUUGACCGACGGUACCGCAGUGUGGACGAGUCGUGCAACCAGCUGACCUCCUUCCUGUUCCAGUUCUGCCAGCAGAGUCGGCGCCAGCGCAUUAUCCAGAGGAACCGCACAGAGAGAUUGAGCGACUUGCUGGACUGGAGAUACCUGGGCCGGUAUUAUGUUUCAGCUCGUCACAUGGCACUGGCAAAAACAUUCCCAGAUACUUACUUCUAUGAGCCUCAGGACCCAACUUCUAAACAGGGCUUCUGCUACCCCCGGCCUGCUUCUGUUCCACCCUCGCCUGCCCUUUCUCGCCACUCCUCCCCCCACCAUAGUGAAGCAGAGGAUGAGGACGAUGAGAGAUAUGACGAAGACCUGGAGGCAGAGAAAGACCGACUCAACAUUCGCCAGCCUUUCUCCCUCCCUUACCGAAACAAGAACGCUCUGCCAUGUGUGUCACCUGUGCCCAAUGGCAAUAGCACCCCCAGCUCUGCCACCUCACCUCCCAGCUCCAUUACAUCACCCCCUAGUUCUGUCUCAAGUGAGAAGAACUGAGCUUUCACCGAAAAACAUUAUCCUUAACAUAAUACACGUUAGACAUACGGUCACACACACACACACACACACACACAAAACACCCCCCACACACAUUCACAUUUGACACAUACAUAAACACACCACAUAAAAUACCCCCCCACCUACACUCCAACUGCACAGGCAAUAGGCUACACAGUUCAGCUACAAUCAGUGUACUCCACACAAACAAAACACACAAAACACUCACUGUAAGAAUUAAACCUCAGUGAAAAAGCAGACUGUAAAUGACUGGUAUGGAAGAAGAUGGAAACAGCUGACUUGAGGAGAUGUCAGACACACAAGGAAGAUGGGACACAAACGUAUCUAGACAAAUUAUACUUGAUACGAUAAGCAAAGAGCAAGAAAGAUUCAAGGUCAGUAAGAAUGGAAAGUGUUUUGCAGCACGAACAUGAGAAAGAUGCAUACCUUUAUGCUUUUUUGCAUACACUAUGCACUAUAUGGCCAAAAGUAUCUAGACACCACUUGGUCUGGGGCUGUUGUUCAUGGUUUGGGCUAGGCCCCUUAGUUCCAGUGAAGGCAAAUCUCAAUGCUACAGCAUACAAUCACAUUCUAGACAAUUCUGUGCUUUCCCAACUGCUUGGCGAAGGGCCUUUCCCGUUUCAGCAUGACAGUACCCCUUGGCACACAGAAAGUUCCAUAUAGAAAUGGUUUUGUUGAGAAUGGUAUGAAAGAACUUGACUGACCUGCGAACCCUGACCCUGAGAACCCUGACCUCAACCUCAGCCUUUGGGAUCAAUUGGAAGCCAACUGCAAGCCAGGCCUAAUCGCCCAAUCAGUGCCCAACCUCACUACUGCUCUUCUGGCUGAAUAGAAACAAAUCCCUGCAGCAAUGCUCCUACAUCUAGUAUAAAGCCUUCCCAGCAGAGUGGAGGUUGUUAUAGCAGCAAAGGGUGGACUAACUCCAUAUUAAUACCCAUAAUGUUGGAUGAAAUAUUGUAUGUCAGGUGUCCACUUUUGGCCAUGCAGUGUACACACAUACAGCCCUGUGCUGUCUGUAAAUAUAUUCAUGUACAUAAGGAAUUAAGACUUGAGAAACUCAGCAUACAUUAUACACAUGGUCAAGGCGGUAACAACAUAAACAAUUAUAUGUAACCUUCAUAUCCAUCUACAAAGUUAUAUUAUUUUUGCAUAUAUUUUUGGUACACCUCCCAGCCUUUCAGCAGAAAUCCACUGAACACUGUCAUGCAACAUGCAAUAAUUGGAGAAAGAGACACUGUUGUUGUGAGACAUGUAGUCUUGCAGUGCACCACUGCUUUUCAACUCCAAAUAGGUAAAAGCCUUAGAGCUUUUCACCACAUGACAGAUGGCCACCACUUGUUUUCAUUGGUUGAAUGUUACUCCUUAAAAUAUUUCUGUCUUCAGUGAGGAUACCUUGGCCACAGCUGUCACUUACCAGAUUUGGCUCUGUGUGGUUGCUUUUUGGCAUGAUUGUGUGUUUACUAGCACUGUACUUGUUUGUAGCACUGUUAUGCUUGCAGUGUGUGUGUUCCAGUUUUUAGUGUAUCUUGUUAGUCAUGGAACUCAAUUAGCCAAAGCCAUGGUGUUAUUUUCAGUGAAUACUCAAUCAUAGUAAUUGAGCCAUUCUAUUUGGUAACUCAGCCAAUCAGCUUACUUGCUGAAUACACAUUUUCAUCAACUUAAGUAACAGAGUAGGAGGGAAAGGGGUAGUGAAUCAUAAUAAGACAGUGUUUUGAAUCCGUACUGAAACUUUGAGAAUAGUACAGUGUCAUGAAGCAAAUGCAUUUCUUAGAAUAGUGAGUCUUUAGAUUGGAUUCUAGGCAUCUGAAUUGUACACUUGUCAUUUUUGUUGUGUAGUAAUACUUGAAAUUAACUAAAUAAAAUUAAUAUAAUUCUGGCAACAACUUGAAUAGCUAAUUUAAAGGAAAGUUUUGGACAUUGCACUGGUGUGGUUACUACAGUUCACCCUGGUUAAAGUAGACUGUCACUGUCUAUUUUCUUCAGUUCAUGUAUUUAUUAAAGGGAUAUUUCACUUUC